AACAACACGAUAACUGCGAUUCAAUGGCGCAAAGGACGACUGUGAGGACUACCUACGACGUCGGUCGCACCUUGCAGCCCAUUUAUUCCGGCGGAAGUCUGGCCCUGAGUGAAGAUGGGCGCAUUCUGGCUGCAAGCUUGGGGGAGGAUGUGCUGCUCACAGACCUCACCAACGGCAAAGAGCUAGGGCGGGUAGAAGGCGACGGCGAGACUAUUACAGCAUUGGCUUUGACACCCUCCGCAUCGCAUUUGAUCAUAUGCUCACGAUCGCUUUCCAUGCGCAUAUAUGCGCUCAGUCCCUCAGACACCGCAGAAGAUGCGAUUGAACUCCAUCUUCUCCGGACACUGCGACCGCAUACCUCUCCCGUGGUAACAUUGGCCACAGACCGCACAGGAACACUUGUUGGCACGGGUGGUGCCGAUGGCGUGGUGAAGGUCUGGGAUAUUCGCGCCGGCUACACUACACACACGUUCCACGGCCAUGGCGGGGUUGUGUCGGCACUGCAUUUCUUCGAAGUCGAGGUACCCGAGAGUGAAGACGCAUCGGAAAACAACAAGAAGAGGAAGCGGAGAAAGUCCCGGCACGAAGAAGCAGGCGAUGAGAAUGCUCCAGGCGAAAAUCACAUUCAGUACCGACUAGCAUCUGGUGCUGAGGAUGGCAAAAUCAGAAUAUGGGAUCUACACAAGAGGAAAAGCACGGCCGUCUUGGACUCUCACGUUUCUGUAGUGCGAUCGCUGCAGUAUUCGCCGCAAGAGAAGGUCCUGGUAUCUGGUAGCAGAGACAAGACAUUGAUCCUUUGGGAAUCGCACAGAUGGAAGGCACAACGCACGAUUGCGGCACUGGAGGGCAUCGAAGACGCAGGCUUCAUCGCAGGCGGGCAAGUCCUAUACUCUGGCGGCGAGAAUGGCCGGAUACGACUGUGGUCUGCGGCAACCGGCCAGGAACUUACUCAAGAACAAGAGCCAGGAAUCGAAACAGACGAGAUUGUCAACAUCCUCCACUACGCCUCACUACAAUACCUUAUCUCAGUACAUGCUGAUCAGGUUCUCAACUUCCAUUCCCUCAAAGCGGUAGAGCCACCUUUCGUUGAGGAGGUCAUCGAGCCCCUACCUAUAUUCCGACGCGUCUCCGGCACACACGACGAAGUCAUCGAUAUUGCUUACGUUGGCCGGGAUAGAUCGCUUCUAGCACUGAACACCAACUCAGAAGACAUCCGGAUAGUAACGCUGAGUGAAUCAGACUCGGCUGGUGAUGCCACUCAAGGCAGAUAUUUUGGCGCAGAUGUGGGCCUACUCAAGGGCCAUGAGGACAUUGUGAUUUGCUUGGACGUGGAUUGGUCCGGACACUGGCUAGUAACAGGUGCCAAAGACAACACCGCACGACUUUGGCGACUCGACCCCGAGAACGACUCUUACACAUGCGCAGCUGUUCUGACUGGUCACGCCGAGUCGCUAGGAGCGAUUGCUUUACCACAUUCUGCACCACAAGAAUCGUCAGCGGCAUUCACAGACCCGCUGUCGCACCCACCAUCAUACAUUGUGACGGGGUCUCAAGAUAAGACUGUGAAGCGGUGGGAUGUCACCAAGGAAAUGAAGCAAAAGUUACGCGCGAAGUAUACCCGCAAGGCCCACGACAAGGACAUUAAUGCCAUCGACAUCGAUCCUUCGGGUAGUCUGUUCGCCUCGGCUUCGCAAGAUCGUACAGUCAAGAUAUACUCAGCCACGGAAGGAGAAGCGAUUGGUGUUCUUAGAGGCCAUCGUCGUGGUGUCUGGACCGUCAAGUUUGCACCCAAGGACUCACAAGUUCCCAACUCAGGGAACAAGGGCUUGAUAGCAACAGGCAGUGGAGACAAAACCGUCAAGAUAUGGAGCUUAGCGGACUACAGCUGCCUCCUUACUCUUGAAGGACAUUCUAACAGCGUCUUGAAGCUCGCUUGGCUUCCCUACCGCCCUGUCGACACACGAGACAAGCGUGGCCCACAGAUUGCCUCCGCAGCUGGCGACGGAUUAGUCAAGAUCUGGGAUUCCGCAUCCGGUGAGGCAAUGUCAACACUCGACAACCACACCGAUCGUGUCUGGGCAUUAGUCGCACAUCCCGUAACAGGAGCUCUAGUGUCCGGUGGUGGCGACAGUGUUAUUACCUUCUGGCAAGACACGACGAGUUCUACACUGGAAGCCGCGACAACAGCAGAGACGGAGCGUGUUGAACUAGAUCAGAAACUCCAAAACUACACGUAUGCUGGCAACUACCGCGAAGCUAUCGUGCUCGCACUCCAAAUGGACCAGCCAGGCCGCCUCUUCACACUCCUCAAAAGUGUCGUGGAGACGGAACAUCCCGAUCCCGGGAGCAUAUCUGGACUUGACACCGUCGACGACGUCUUGGCCAACCUGGCAGACGAGCAGCUUUACAAGCUCCUCCUCCGCCUACGCGAUUGGAACACAAAUGUCCGCACCGCACCCAUAGCUCAGAAAAUCUUAUGGACAGUUGUAAAAUCAUAUCCAGCGGCACGGCUUGCGAGUCUAAGGCCUCAAGGCAAAGUGGGCGCAAAGGGCAGUCUCAAAGACAUUCUUGAUGCGAUUAAAGCGUACUCGGAGAGGCACUACAAGAGGGUGGAGGAACUGGUCGACGAGAGUUAUUUGCUUGAUUUCACACUCAGGGAAAUGGAUGAGGUGGGUGGAGAUGUCAAGGCUAUUACGAAUGGCGCUUCGCUUUUGGGUUUUGAGAGAGAUGUCAUCAUGGUAGAUUGAGUCACAAACAUAAUGAUACGCGGUU